GAAAGGAUGCUGGAGAAGGGUGUUGAGGAAGGCAGAUGGUCUCAAAAAUUUAUUUCUCGGUAAAGUACCUCAUGUUUGUGGUAUUUAAGAAUGUGGAUUAAAUACUUGUUAGUUUGCUUUGGAUGUUCUUCAUCAUCAUGUUUUGGAUCCCCGAGACAUUUCUGCAUUGAGGUAGGGACAAUGGUAGUAAAACUUGUUCGCUUUCUUAAUCAGUUGUGUGGCCAUAUCCAAAAUUCUGCCUAUUUCUAAGUAUCGCUUCAAAGGAAAAGCAUUCAGAAAUAGCUAUAGCCAUAGCCCUGGGCUGGUUUGAGGUGGUCCUAAAUAAACUGUUUCUGGGACCUGCUUUUGAUUAACAUUUGCUAAUGGAUAAAUGUUGAUCUCUUUGGUUUUAUCUCCACGUCAGUAAUUGUUGGUUUGUUUGGAAUUCCAAUAAUUGGAAUUUCUAGUACGGGUUGAUCAAAUGUAUACUUGCAAUUACUUGUAGUCAAUACAAUUACCUGAGUGAAUCAUGGGAAAUAACCAAGUCAUCUUUUAAAGAGAAAAUGUUCAAGAUAAUACCAAUUCAAGAAUUGAUUUUGAAUAACAAGUUGGAUAGUUUAACUGGCAGUUCAAUACUUGUUUGUUUGUUUAAUGCAAAUGCUUCUCUAUUUUGUGCUAGGAUACAAUUUAAUGGAGACUUGGUUGCUGCAUCUCCUGAUAUUUUUCAACUAGCUCUUGGAUCAGAUGCUGAAUUUUUGUUAUUAGCAUCUGAUGGCUUGUGGGACUACAUGAACAGCUUGGAUGCAGUUGCUUUUGUUAGGAAUCAACUACGACAGCAUGGAGAUGUUCAGAUAGCCUGUGAAGCACUUGGGCAAGCAGCUUUGAACCAAGGCUCACAAGACAAUGUCAGCAUUGUCAUUGCUGAUUUAGGGCAUACAGAUUGGCAAAGUUUGCCUCUGCCGCAACAAAACAUUUUGUAUGAAUUGGGCCAGGCUUUUGCAACUAUUGGUAUUGUUUCAGUUGGAAUAUGGAUGACUUCUCAGCUUCCUUUAUGAGUUUGAAGCCUGCCGUCACUGUAUACAAUAAUUCAACCUAGAUUUUUACCCCACAUCUAUUGUUUGUAAAUAUACGUCCUAAAUCUUAAAUGGAUUAGCAGGUGCACAAUCUGAAGAAAAUUUUAAUAAUGUUUUAAU